AUGUCAAAAGCCACUUUUAAUAAGAUAUUUAGUCAAGUCUGGCCCAAAUGCAUGACGCAUAGCAACAUUGUGAAUGGAUUUGCGGCAACAGGAUUAUUCCCGUUUAAUCCUGAAGCUAUACCGGAGGAAGCAUAUGCCCCAUCAGUUUUGUCUGAAAUUGCAUGGCCACAAACUAGCGUGGAGCCCAUACAAAGUCCUUUAUCUGACGUCAUAUUGAACGAUGACACUGAUGACGAGCUACCGAUAUGUGCUUGGCUCCUGCAGAACUCUACAUCUGAUGUAUUAAAGAUAGAUGAAUACCUUGAUCUUAAUAAACCGACCGAAACCGAUUUGGUACCAAUCGUACCUUCAACAACUGAAAACUCUUCAAUAGUUAAAUGCCGUCUCGUUGACUAUAGCUCAUCUCCCGAUGUUUCUGACUUCGAAAUGGUAGAACAUCCUCAUAGGCCAGCAACACAGGUGGAAGAACACUGUGCUUCACCUUCUUUGAUUUCAGAAAAUGACGUUUUUUUGGUAAGUGCCAAUGACGAACCACUUCUAAGCAAUAAGGACACUUACAAAAUAGAUUUGGGAGUUCCAAGUUGUUUUGGAUUACAUAAACCUAUUCGUCCAAGCUCUAGUUCUAACUCCACAGUUUCUGAUUUAGAUGCUUUAGUUUAUACGUCUCUCUUUAAAAAAUGCACUGCUGAAGACAUAUAUAGUUACUCGUCAGCCGAAGAUGAUGAAAAUACUGACUAUUUUAUCCCUAAAGGGCAAAUCACUAAGAAACUUAUUAUUAGUUCCUCACAUGAAAUGUACAAAACAAAUAAUGAGAACUUUAGUGCCUCAGAUGGAGAUUAUAAUAUUAAUUUAAACAAACAAAGUGAUAAGACACCAUUCCCAAUUUUUUUGCCAACUCCCAAUUAUGCACAAGUUAAAACAAAAAGAUAG